AGCGGCGGAGCUUGGGAGCAUCAUGUCGAAGGUUACCUUUAAAGUGACGCUUACCUCGGACCCGCGGCUGCCUUACAAAGUGUUAAGUGUGCCUGAAAGUACACCUUUCACAGCUGUCUUGAAGUUUGCUGCAGAAGAAUUCAAAGUUCCUGCAGCAACAAGUGCCAUUAUAACAAAUGAUGGAAUAGGAAUAAACCCUGCACAGACAGCAGGAAAUGUAUUUCUAAAACAUGGUUCAGAUCUACGGAUUAUUCCCAGAGAUCGAGUUGGGAGUUCUUAACGUCUGCUGAAAGCUUUGGAAUAAGUGACAUUGCCAUGCUGCAAAGGUCUAUUUAUUUUGGAACUUCAAAAUGCAACUAAUGAAUUGGCCUUUUUUAAAGCUAGCAAAAAUUACUUCCCAGGAUUUUUAUUUUUUUUUAAACAGAGAUAAGGUUUCAUUUGCUUGUUAAAAUAUAUUCAUUCAUGCGCUGAAUCUUCCUUGACUAGUAGAAGAAUGGACUGAUUCCAUGUUAUGUUCCUGAAGGAAAGAUACACUUCUCUAUAGGUGUUGCUGACACCACAAGGGUAAACACACAGCGACGAUCAACAGAUAUUUAGAAUAUUGAAUAUUGUUGAGCCUACUUUGUGGAAGGGGGAGCUGUGUUAUGAUUUUGCUACAAAGAAAUUGUUCCUACUGAGGGCUAAAACUUUUUUUUUAAAUUUUUUUCCCCUAAACUUACUUACAUGUUUAGAGGAACAGUUUUCACAUGGUUCAAGUAUUAAGCUCAAAUAGAAGGAAAAUUUCAGGGGUUUAUUACUCAAAUAAGUAAAUAACUGCCAAAUGUUCCAAAGUAAUUGUAAGAUCUAAUUGCUGCAAAUACUUUAGUUAAAGGAGAAAAUGGAAGUUUCUAUGUGUUAAGAAUUCAUUUGACAUAUUGGGAAGUUAAAUUGAAUGCAGUUUCAGAGAAUUUGUGAGACCUAAUCUCCUCACAUGAAGUGCCAUCAGCUGAGAAGGAUUGUAGCGUAAUCUGGGAAUGUGUAGGUACUGGUCAAAUACAUCAUUCCUUUUUCAGUAAACUAAUAUUGGUUCUUUUAGUCUAAAAGUCUUGUUUUGUUACUGCGUAUUACAUGGGAAACAGCAUAGAAUUCACUGAAAUGUUUGUGUUCAGAUUAUAUGCUUCUUGUUUAUAAAUUGCCAGGGGUAAAUUAUCAGUUGUGUGUUUUAAUUAGAGAAAUUGCUGCUUUUCUUGAACUGGUAAUGUACUUCAUGAUUUAAUGUAUCUGGCAAAAUCUUACCCUAUUGCAUUUUUUCUGUCCUACUGAGUUUAACAGAAAGAACAGUGGGCGAUGUAGUGCUUGGUUAAAUGAGUAUUGUCACGAAUGCAACUGUCCUGUGCAAUAAUCGUGCUCUAGAAAGAUGUUCAGAUAAUGUGUCAGUGCAGAAGUACAAAAUGCCCUUCUGAGUGGGUGUAAAUUGAGUAUAUAGAGGAAAACUCUUCUGAAAGUGGUAUUUGACUAUAAACAUUUUCCAACUCUAAGAUGAAUUGUAAGAUUCCAGUUUUUCUUUUAUUUUAAUAAACAAUUAUAUGAAAAAGGU